ACUAAUCGCGAUCAAAAUAAUCGCGAUUUAAUCGGAAGUCCUUGCCCCUCUUUCUCUCCCCACUUCUUCCUCUGUCCCUGCGAGUGUUCUCACGGAGCAGGGCACGUAUAUAUAUAUACGGGAGCCACUUUUGCUGGAGGCGCAAUGAGCACCCCCUGGCCACCACCUCUCCUCCGUGCAUAGAGGUGGAAGCUCGCCCCCACCGGCGGCGGCGACGGCGGAGGGUGAAGCGAGGAGAUGGGGCAGGGGCUGAGCUGCGGAGCGAGCCAGGAGCACGGGCUCUUCACCGCCGUGCAGUUUGGGGAUGCGGAGAUCGUGGGCGCGCUCCUGGACAGAGAUGCGAGCCUCCUCCACCAGACCACUGCCUACGAUCGCCAGUCCGUCCUUCAUAUCGCCGCUGCGAAUGGCCAGAUCGAGAUUCUAUCCAUGCUUCUGGAUCGGUCCCUGAAUCCUGAUUUAUUGAACCGGCACAAGCAGACUCCGCUUAUGUUAGCCGCAAUGCAUGGCAAAAUCGCCUGCGUGGAAAAGCUGCUUGAAGCUGGAGCUAAUGUAUUGAAGUUUGAUUCGCUCAAUGGAAGAACUUGCCUGCACUAUGCUGCUUAUUACGGUCAUUCUAAUUGCCUCAAAGCCAUUCUUUCUGCUGCUCAAUCUAGUCCAGUUGCUGUCUCUUGGGGAUACGCACGAUUUGUGAAUAUCAGGGACGGCAGGGGUGCCACACCUUUGCACCUAGCAGCCCGUCAAAGACGGCCUGAUUGUGUGCACAUUCUUCUGGAUAAUGGAGCUCUAGUUUGCGCAUCAACCGGUGGAUAUGGGUAUCCGGGAAGCACUCCUCUUCAUCUGGCUGCAAGAGGAGGAUCUCUCGAUUGCAUUCGUAAGUUGCUGGCAUGGGGUGCGGAUCGUCUUCAAAGAGACGCGUCUGGGAGAAUCCCAUACAUGGUUGCUUUCAAGCACAAGCAUGGAGCGUGUGCCGCUCUGCUAAAUCCGUCAUCCGCAGAGCCGCUUGUCUGGCCAUCACCUUUGAAAUUCAUUAGUGAGCUGGAUCAAGAUGCAAAACUUCUACUGGAGCGAGCCUUGAUGGAGGCAAAUAAGGAGAGGGAGAAAAGCAUUUUAAAGGGAACUAUAUACUUGCUUCCAUCACCAUCACAUUCUGACGCGGGGAUCGACGAUGAUAUUUCAGAGGCCAGCGACACCGAGUUAUGCUGCAUAUGCUUCGAGCAGGUGUGCACCAUUGAAGUCCAAGGCUGCGGUCACCAAAUGUGUGCGCAUUGCACGCUGGCUCUUUGCUGCCACAACAAGCCCAACCCCACAACCUCAUCCCUAACUCCUCCAGUCUGCCCCUUUUGCCGAAGCAGCAUAGCACGGUUAGCCGUUGCCAAGACCAAGGGCUUUGAUGAAGCUGAUCAAGAGGUUGGUGACAUCAGUUCCUCAAAAUUGCGAAGAUCAAGGAAGUCACGGAACUUUAGCGAGGGAAGCAGCAGCUUCAAGGGCUUAUCGGCCGUUGGAACAUUGGGGAAGAUGGGCGGCCGUGGAUCUGGAAGGAUCGCAGCCGAUACUGAGUGGGUUGAUAAGCUUUGAGAAUACGAGUAGCUGUGGUCGGCGAUCAAAAAGAUUAUUUUGAAGCCAAGAGAGGGAUAUAAAAAAUGGAAAUUCGAAGGAGAAAUUUCUUUGUCUGCACCGGGCCGUGGUGGUAUGUAUAGAUAGCCAAAAGAAUCUGCUGCUGUUGCCAAUUUGGGGAAUAAGCAAGAAUUGAGUUGCAGGCUUGGAUUGGUAAGUUUGUCAUCUCAGUUAAAAAAAAAAUUGUUGUAGUCUUUAUGUUUGUACUCUAGAAUGAAGCUGGAUUGCUGAUUUUUGAGCCUUGUUAGUUGUCUGUACUGGGAAAAAGAAAAAGGAAACUAUUUGAUCUUUCAAAGGGAAGAAAUGGUCAACAUUCGUGAGCGGCUGCUACUUUAGAUUGUUGGGUGUCAAAGACCUUUGGAAAGAGUCAAAAAAGAAUUUGUGAGACCCCCUACCUGGUCUCUCCUCUUUCCCCUUUUUUAAAAAGGAAGAAAAGGGGAAAGAGUGGCAGCGAUAUGUAAUUAGUAAUUUACUUCUUUUAUUCUUGCUCGUGUAAGAAAAGAUGGAAUUGGAUGAAGAAAAUGAAGGGGAAGUCCUGUUUAGUAGGGCAUCAUAUCGAUCUUUGCUUGUCUUGUCUCCAAACUCUGAUGGGUCUCAAUAAUUCGGGAGAAACUUGAAAGGAGCUUCGUUCGUGGACUCAAAGAUCUGACCGACGCGAUGAACGGACGAAUGAAAAUGAAUGAAUCAUGAAGUGGGGUGGGGCCAAGGCAAAGUGAUGAUUGAUCUGACAAGAUGUUGACGCGUGGACUGUAUGGGGGUGCGUGGUUUCUCUGACAGAGACGCUGAAGCCCCCACAGGAGACGGGCCCCCGAACCGGUUGGCAGUUUGUUUCCGUGUAUUUGGCGCUUAUUGUAAUUGGCUUCGGACCCCUCCAUCCUAUCCUAUCCUAUCUGAACAGGACCGACUGAGUUAUGUUCCA